AUCCGAUUGUCCGAACGCGCCUUUUUCUCAUUCACAUCUGAUUCACACGAACACCAUCUUUUCUCUUCAUUUAUGGUCGAUUGAAUUCGCAUAUAUUGUCAUCAGGAUACACCAAUGAGUCAAAAUCUCAUCUAAAGUCAUCAUUAUGGAAGGCGAGACGGGAAUGUCGCCAAAAGGUGAUGAGAAAAAGGGGAGUGAAAAACGGACUGGAGAGAAGAAAGAUUCUACAGGUCAAAAGAGGGUUCGAAAUCGGCCUAAUCGUUCAAAGAACGCCAAGAAGGAAGCGGAAGCAAAAGGAGAACCAGCCGAAAAGGCUGAAGAUCAAAAGCAGAAUACAGGGGAAGCAGCACCAAAAAAGCGUAAACAACGCAGAAACAAGAAGAAGAAGACGAAAAAAGAGGCAAAAGAAGCAAAAGAGAGUGGCGAUUUCAACCCAAAGAUCAAGCUCAAGGUUAUCAUCAGACGUUUACCACCCAAUCUACCCGAGCAUAUAUUCUGGCAAGCUAUUUCUCCUUGGGUUCUGCGUUCAGAAUCGCAAAAAGGUGUCGCACCUACAGAGGAUAAAUCUGGUAGCCUGGCUGAAUCAUCCUCCUCAAAAGUACCAUUUGCAGAUCAAGCAUACUUUGUUCCAGGCAAGCUGAAGGAUGGCUCAAGAAGAGGUGUACAAGCAGAUAGUAAUGCCUCACCCCACACAUUUUCUCGUGCAUAUAUUCGAUUCCACAAGACAGAUGACCUGGUCAACUUUCAUCGCGGUUUUGAUGGUCAUCUGUUCAGGGACUCAAAAGGGAACGAGUAUUUCGCAGUGGUGGAAUUUGCGCCUUUCCAAAGAAUGCCAGAAGAUGGGGUCAGAAGGAAGAAACCAGACACGUUGGCUGGCACAAUUGAAGAGGACGAACAUUAUAAACAAUUCGUUAGUAUCUUAACACAAACAGAGGCAGAACUUGCGCAAGAGAAAGGGCAAGGUCAAUUAGAGAAAACGGAUGCACAAUUGAUGGCGCAUUUGACAUCAUUAUCAGCUGAUUCACAAAACGCACAAAAGCAAGCGAAAAGCACUCCUUUGCUUGAACACCUUCGUGCACAACGAUUGGCCAAAUCUGGAACAUCGGCGCAAAAGCAAUCACGCACAGGUAAGACAAAGUCAGCAAAAGGCACUUCCGGCUCAAAAAGCAAGGCAAAAGCCAUCUCGGAUCCAUCAAUUCCCACCGGUCCGAAAGCAAUGGUUCAAAAGCAAAAAGAUAGUCAGAAAACGGAAUCCGGAAACAAGAAGAGUAAGAAGAGCGAAAAGUCAGCCAAUUCAGCCCGGCUGGAUAAGAAUAGCAUUUCUGAUCACGCCGAGAAUAACGUCACGCAAACCAAAAAGCAACCGAAAAAAGAACAAAACCGGACAAAUAAGGCAGAAGGAGAAAAUAGCGGAGUUGGUAAAAUAGCCUCUAACAAAAACGUAACGCCCAAAAUACCAUCAUCUCCUCCGGCAAAAAUUGCAAUCUUGAAACGUGAAAUGAAAGAUUCAGAAGGACAAAAACAGACUUCUACCACCUCUACACAAACGAUGGACGUGGAACAGAAUCUCAAGCAGCCUCCAAUAUCUCGCGGUCGCCGUGGGCGAGGUGCGGGCAGCGGCGGGGAUACAUGA